ACCGAAUUAAAAAGCAAUUUCUCAAAAGUCAAUUUUGUUGGUCAUUGUAGGAGCGCAUUUGGCAUAUUUAAUAUUAUAAAAUAUUCCUUUUCCAAUUUCAAAUAAACCAUGCAGUUGGAACAAUUUAGAGAGUUACCUAAACCUGGAUUCAACUUUGAUAACUGCAAAAGAAAUGCCGGACUCAUUAAAAACGGAUUUCAGGCUCCAAAGGCCGUUAAAACCGGGACAACUAUUGCUGGCAUAAUUUUUAAAGAUGGUGUCAUUUUGGGUGCUGAUACGCGAGCCACCGAAGGCCCCAUUGUAGCGGAUAAGAAUUGUAAAAAGAUACAUUAUUUGGCUAAGAAUAUGUAUUGUUGCGGUGCUGGCACUGCCGCUGACACCGCUGCUAUCACAGAUUUGAUUUGUUCCCAACUUGAACUGCAUCGUCUUAACACUGGACGCCAGGUGCAAGUAGUUGUUGCCAAUACUUUGUUAAAACAAAUGCUGUUUCGUUAUCAAGGACACAUUAGCGCUGCUUUAGUUUUGGGCGGCGUUGAUCGGACGGGCUCUUAUAUUUAUUCAAUUCAUCCACAUGGUUCUACUGAUAAACUGCCCUAUACAACAAUGGGAUCGGGCACUUUAGCCGCUAUGGCCGUUUUCGAAGCUCGCUGGAAACCAGAUAUGUCCGAAGAAGAAGGAAAGAAAUUAGUACGUGACGCUAUUGCCGCUGGCGUGUUUAACGAUUUGGGAUCAGGCUCGAACGUGGAUUUAUGUGUGAUUCGUAAAGAUUCAGCAGACUAUUUACGUGGUUAUGAAUACAUCAGUAAGAAGGGCGAACGUCAACUCGAUUAUUCAUUCAAAAUCGGUAGUACUGCAGUUUUGGAAACUAAAAUUGAGCAAUUUGAUAUAAACGAAGAGAUACGUUUCGUCCCGAUGGAUACUGCAUAAAAAAAUCUUAAUUUACAGAUUUUGAUAUACUUUUUAUCCUAAAAAAAUAAAAUUAACGCAACAAAAUCAAUAUAGUAACCAAGAAUUAGAGACACUAUAAAUAGAGAGCUCCAUAUAAAAAACGUAUUGAAGGCAGUUGCAAAAAGGUCAUUAUAGAAAUACUUUUUCUUCAUAAUAUUGCUAUUAAUGCAAGUAGUAGUUAAAAUCUUGGAAAUCCAGAUUCCGGGGUUCCAUUGUUAAUAGUUUUCUACGGCGCUGACGAAGUGAUUUCAGCUGACCUACAAUUUUGCAUACGUUGCCCCCGUUCGUACCGAUUAUUCGCAUGAUUGAAAAAAGACCCGAAUUUCUUGAUUUUCAAAAAUAGAAAGAACAUAAAAUGGCGCAAUAAUACGGCCGAUAAAAAAGUUUCUAGUCUAAAGUUGAAUGGGUUAUUAAUUAAGUUUAAUUAAGAUUUAAAGAAAGUGUUUCCUAUCCUAUGAUGUCUAUUAAUGUAUUAAACGAUCGAUUUUUUCAACUUGCCCUUCAAAUUGUGGCUUCUAAACGUCGGUUAUGUAUCCGUUCUUACCAUUUGUUAUUUAAAAAUCUUUUCUU